AUGAAUAGGGAACUAUCUUUUUAUCGCAACACUAUCAAUGCAUGCACAAAGCACGUUAUCAUUUCAGGAGCACGGGGCACACAUCUCAAGCAUGCAAUUGAUGGGGGGAUUGUCCCGUCAAAUACUGAAGAAUUUUCGCAUGGCUCUGCUGCAAUGCACAUUAAUACGCGUGAGCAUAAGGGUCAAGAAUUUAUUGCGUUAAACAGCGAAAAUGAAGUGACACUACCAGCGACAUUAAAUGACUUUGACAUUAUCACUGAUAGCAUUAAUGAUAAUGCUAUUAUCACUACUCGAAAAAAACCCGAUCUUUCACCAAUAAUUCCUAAGGAAUGGAACAUGGAUCCUGACGGACACAAAAUCGUUGACAAAAUUGAUACAAUAUUACAGAAUUCUCUACCCGAUGAAUUUUUAAUGUCCACUAUCAUUCCCACAACUACUUCGUCUGGUGAAACUGCACAAUCAGUAUUGGAAAAUGCCGCUCCAUCUUUGGCUUCUGUGUCGAUCACCUUAAAUAAUACUCAUUCUGCGCCUACUUCAGUCUCUUCAAUGAAAUCCAUCAAUCACAUCACUUUUUCUUCCAAUACGGCCAUUCCUACAAAUAACAAUAUCACGUCAGCUUCUAAAAUGAUAGCAAUCGCUGACAACAGGAUAGAAGGGUCACUUGAGCCGUCCAUUCCAUCUUCAAUGGGAAUUCUUAGCCAACCUAUUCCAUCCGGCAAAUCAUGGCUUUAUGAUGGUUUACAAUCGACCAUGAACUCAAAGGUUUUUCCGGAGCAAUAUUCACAACAAGAAUUAGCAGAAAAGAAGUUAUCAUUCGGCUCCUUUGAAUCUGCAGGCACAUUUCCUCUAGAAACAUUUAAAACAGCUAUUAACAACAAUAAUAAUCUCCUUCUGGCAACAACUAUGAUGAAUACAUCGAAAAUACCACCAAUGCGAACAGGUAAUCUGAUGACAGAACUAACUUCUAUUCAGAAUUUAUCACCGAAUGCAGCGUUGAAUGCAGCGAUGGAUACUACUAUCAGCAGCGUUGAGCUUCAAACGGAGAAGUCAGUAGGACAAUUGGGAAAAUCCAUGAAGGAAUCCGAAGAAAAUUACUUUAACGCUGAUUCAUCGAUUUUUAUGGAUGCUCCUAAUUUUCAAAAUCAAACUCUUGCUAUUUUAUCGCUUGAACGGAUUAGAAACAGUAAUAUUAACACUAUAACGGAAGAGCCAGAGUUUAUUUCAAACGAUACAAGAGAAGCAAAAAAAGAAAGAAGUGAAGGAAAAACGGAAAUGAUAGGCUUAUCAUCAUCAGUACAUGAUUUCAAUAACAUGUCAGUAAAGCCAAAGAAUGAAAUCUUGCAUCAUUCUGUAACCACCAUUCCAAGGGCAUCUGCAGAAAUUCCUGCUUCUUUUGCACCUUCAAAUUCUCAGACGGAUAUACUGCCGCAUGAAGACUAUAGGGUAAAUAUUGUAGAGGGUCACAAUUUGCACUCCUUAAAGCACCAAGAGCUACAGCGAUCACCUAUGGAAAAUCUCGAUAAAAUUGCAAGUCAGCAAUCCACCGCUGCACAUGAUAUACAAAUGGCCCAGAAUAUCCCCUUGCAGACAACUAUUAAACAAGGUGAAACUGAUGAUGUAGAAAGAGAUGAAACCACUGUGAAUGUGCAUCAGGAGAAGAUGGAAUCAGAAAUAUUUAACCAACAAAAUAUUUCGGAUUCGCAAAUAACACCGGAGACAACACCUCAUGCAGUAGUACAUGGUGUUACCUCAUUGCAACAGUUGCAACCUGAGGAAGAUGACACUUGCGUGUUACCUCCAGAUGCUGGUAUUUGCCGUGAUUAUAUACCUCGUUGGUUCUACAAUUCACAAACUGGCAAAUGUGAACAAUUCUCAUAUGGCUCAUGCGGUGGUAACAGUAAUAACUUUCUUGACAGGCAAGCUUGUGAAGCAAAAUGCUCGCGAGACGAUUCGAUUAAGUCUCAGUUACCGGAACGGUGCACCUACAAAAAAGAUGAGGGUUAUAGCAACGGGUACAACGUCAAGUGGUACUACAACGUGCGUAAUUUACGAUGCGAACAGAUGGUAUACCAAGGCCAAGGUGGCAAUUCGAAUCAAUUUGAAACGUUUGCCGAAUGUCAAACCUUCUGCACACCAUCGGAUGGCAAAACUACCAAACAAAUUGCACAUCCUUUAAAAAUUAAUUCCACUGGUCAUCCUCAAUCAGAUUUUGCUGCAUCUCGAAAUCAGGAAAACCAAACACAAACAGUAUCAAUUACUGGAACAGAUAAAAUAUCAGAGAACCAUGCCUAUAAUAUUUCCCACAACACUGCUGAAAAUCCUCAUCACAGGAUAAUACCAAAUAAUGGUUCGGUCGGUGAUAAGGAAAUACAGCAAUUUAGUUCAAAGCAACAUCCUACGGCAUCAAGUAUUUCGUCACGGUCACCUAUACCAACAAGAUCUGCACAAUUUUCUCAUAGCUUGGACACAUCAACAAAUGAAACAAUAAUUGUGGCGGAACCAUCUCCUGAUCCAUCACCACCUACCAAUGCUAUGAAUGAGAGCAGUGAUGAAGUCAUGGAAAGAAAAUUUGACAGUGCGAAGAUAUUCGGAGAAACAAUUGUAAACAAAGACAAUGACGUUCUUGUUGAUCUACCAAGUAUUUUUGAUGGUAUAAACCAUAUGCCUAAUUGUCCUAACGGCCUUAAACCAAUACAACAUGCAGAUGGUAGGCCUGUGAUGUGUUUGCCAGGUAGAAAUCAAUGUUCUGGUAACUCUGUCUGUUACUUCAAUGGUGUUGAUUUCUUGUGUUGUCCGAAUACCAAAGAUCCAUACGAUGAGCACAUAUUUGGAGGUUAUAAUGGUGAAGAAGUAAAGCAAGGAUAUAAGAAUGUUAAAAAGACACCAAUAAAAAGUAAUGAAUUGAUUGUUCGAAAGCUUAGGCUGAAACGUCAAACACAGGUGUUCACCAGUCGUUCUUCAGCUGCACGAAUCGAUUCCAAAGUACAACGUUCAUUGUCCAGAGCAUCAUUAGCAGUAAAUAGUAGUGAUGGUAGGCAAGUGGAUAAUAUUUGCAUGCAAGAUGCCAAUACGGGUAACUGCACAGAAGCUCAUCUUCGAUUCUUCUACGAUCGUAGAGCGAGUACCUGUCGAUUGUUCUAUUAUAGUGGCUGUGGCGGUAAUGAGAAUAACUUCGUCACGGAGGAUGAAUGUCGACGACGAUGCAAAAGUGAUAACUCACACAUUGAUGAUGCACCACUGGGAAGCUGUCCAUUUGGUGAGCUACCAUUUGGCGAUAACGCACCGGUGAUAUGCGGUAAAGAUGCAGGAUCAUUUGAGUGCCCGAAAGGAUAUUAUUGUCUCACGGGACCACCUAAUGUAUGCUGUCUCGAAAAAUUCCUUCCAGGUUCAGAAAAAAUAUUGGUGACAAAGAAAAACCAAAAAAAUAUUCGUUUUUCGCCACAGCAAUCACGCAGAAAUGCUGAUUAUCUACCUGAGGAGACUCAGAGAGAAAGUGAAGAGAAGUCGCCAAUGUUGCUUGUACCAGAAAACAUUUGUCCGGAUGGUUCGGAUGCGCUACUUGAUGAAUCUACUCAACAACCACUCAAAUGUGGCGUAGGUUACGAUGGUGAAUCCUUUUGUCCUCUUGGCUAUUAUUGCUCUAUCGAUUCGGAAAGAAAUGGACGAUUAUGCUGCCAGCUUGGAAUAAUCGGAGUGAAGAUUCCACCUCCUCCACGAGUACCACCGUACUUUGGGUUGCGACCCUCAAAUCCGGGUGAAGUAAUUUCGCGUGGAUCCUUACCAUCCGAUUAUAUUUCACAAAAGCAGCAUGAAACCGGAAUAUUGAACAUAGCUAAACCUAGUGAAGGAUACUCAUCUCGUCUAGCCGUGAAACGCUUAGGUGAUUCCCAUAAAAUCGGGAAAGAGACUACAGAUUCUUAUGGAAAUUUCGUUCCAUCUGAUGAAGCAACAGAUUCCUUCGAAAAUCUCACUCCAUCUGACUCGAAAUUGGAAGGUGAGAUUUAUGGUCGAAUGAUGCUUAAUUCAAAUGACCGCAUUUUCCGAACACAAGCACUUUAUAAUUCGAUGAAUAAUGCGGAUUCUCCCGAAGCAGAAACGAACGAAGUUCAAAUUGAUGUUGGAGAGAUAAAAGAUCCAUUUGAGUCGUUGGAAUAUGCUCAGAAAACCACUUCCGAUCGAAGUAUCUGUCUUUUGAAACCUAAUGAAGGUCGUAUUUGCCGAGAAGACGAAUCACCUCCUCGAACGAAUUUACAAUAUUUCUACAGUAAUCGUGAUAAACGUUGUAAACUUUACUUUUAUCGAGGAUGUGGUGGUAGCCAAAAUCGAUUCGAUACCAAAAGGCAUUGUGAAUUGACGUGUGCUGUAAGGCGUGUAACGUUAAUUACGGAACAGCUAAUUGAUCGUAUUUGA